CGCCGACAUACCCCGUCAAGUCGACGGUGGAGACAGUGCGCGACCCCUCUUCUGAUCUUGGAGGGUAAGAUCAGUUAGAGUAUGCUCAUACCCUCACUAUGCCCACGAUACAGCUAGAGAUAGGUUAGCUCGGUUGCUACGCUCUAGCUUGUACGCACAUGUUUCUUUUUUGUCUCUCUUUACGACCGACCUCCCCGCACCUCUCGCGUCGUCCGACCCCCACGAUGCCGACAACCAGCUGCACCGCCAGCAGCUAUUCGAACGACAGGCAGGCUCUGCGAACUGCCUUGACAACGAGCUGCUCCGCCAGCAGCUAUCCAACCAACCUGCAGCCCCCGCGAGCUGCACCGACAACCAGCUGCUCCGCCAGCAGCUACUCAAUCUACCUGCAGCCCCCGCGAGCUGCACCGACAACUAGCUGCCCCCCCAGCAGCUACCUGUUCAACUGGCAGUCUUUGCUAGCUGCCUUGAUAAUCAGCUGCUCUGCCUGCAGCCAUCCUAGACUGGCUAUGCGCCCAGUUUUUCGCUUCACCCAACAUUGAACAACCUUCUGCCAGGGUCUCAAUGCCUCGAUCCAACGCGCGCUGGACGGCCAGCUCAUGCUGCCGGACGACUAUCCAGCACUCCUCCAGUCAGUUCAACGACUCGCCACACGGUCAACUAUCUACUUGCAAAUGCCCACCUAGCCGAAGCCAGACAAGAUGGAUCUUAGCAUAGUCAACGCCAUUGGCAUCAACACCAUUGAAUAUGCUAAGGUCGCACCUAGCGCUCAAGCUAGGUCAGUCUCUCCGUACUAAAGAGAUCAAUGGCGGAAGGCAGGCAAGGAGAUGCGUACGAUGUGGCUCGCAGACUCACUGGGUGCAGGACUGCCACAGGCUCCCGGCAGUCGACAAACGAGCGUUAGUUGCAGCUGUAUUAACAAUAGCUCAGCCACAGCUAGCUCGGCCACAGC